CGACCUCGCGACGAGCUCCCCGCCGCUUCCCAUUUUGCCCCCCAUGGCGACGCCGCCCGACGCCGCGCCGGCCCCACCAAACCCUAGCCCCGCCGACCACCCGCCGCCGGCGACGGACGCGGAGCAGCCCCUCCCCACCACCUCGAUCGACCCCACCCCCUCUGGCGACGAGGAGCGCGACGCGGAUGACUCCUCGUCCUCGUCCGCACCGCCCGCCGCCGCGGCCGCCGGAGGUGGUGGGGGAGGCGAGAGGGCUCCCCAGCCCCCCGCGGCGAAGGACCUCCUCCACAUCUCCUUCAACCAGGACUACGGGUGCUUCGCGGCGGGGACUAAGUCGGGCUUCCGCAUCUACAACUGCGACCCGUUCCGCGAGAUCUUCCGCCGGGACCUCGCGGCCGCCGGGGAGAGCGGCGGCGGCGGGAUCGGCGUCGUGGAGAUGCUGUUCCGGUGCAACAUACUGGCGCUCGUCGGCGGCGGCGACAGCCCUCACUACCCGCCCAACAAGGUGAUGAUCUGGGACGACCACCAGAGCCGGUGUAUUGGGGAGCUCUCCUUCCGCUCCCCGGUGCGGGGCGUCCGCCUCCGCCGCGAUCGCAUCAUCGUCGUCCUGGAGAACAAAAUCUUCGUCUACAACUUCGCAGACCUGAAGCUUGUUCACCAGAUCGAGACGGCGCCCAACCCGAAGGGCCUCUGUGCGGUGUCGCAGCAGCCUGGGUCGAUCGUGCUGGUUUGCCCCGGUGCGCAGAAGGGGCAGGUUAGGGUGGAACACUAUGGCGCCAGGAAGACCAAGUUCAUCAAUGCGCAUACUUCCCGUGUCGCGUGCUUUGCAUUAUCGCAGGACGGGAGGCUGAUUGCUACUGCCAGCACCAAGGGGACACUCGUCAGAAUCUACAAUGCUGCCGAGGGCAAUCUCCUACAGGAAGUAAGGAGAGGCGCUGAUAGAGCAGAAAUAUAUAGCUUGGCAUUCUCCAACAAUUUGCAGUAUUUGGCUGUAUCAAGUGAUAAAGGAACAAUACAUGUAUUCAAUCUAAAGAUAAAUGUUGGUUUAACCACGAACGAUAAGCCCCUGCCUGCUCCAGAUCCUGACGUUCCACAUAUUAGUCCAUCUCUUUCUUUCAUUAAGGGUGUGCUACCAAAAUAUUUCCAUUCUGAGUGGUCUGUAGCUCAGUUUAGACUUCAUGAGGGGGAGCAGUAUAUCGUAGCAUUUGGGCACGAGAAGAAUACCGUGGCAGUUGUUGGGAUGGAUGGAAGCUUCUACAGAUGCCAGUUCGACCCGGUGAACGGAGGAGAGAUGCUGCAGCUGGAGUGCUACAACUUCCUAAAACCAUCAUCGGAUCAACCGCAGUAGCAGCAGCCCAAAGCAGCACCCGUAUUUCUGCCAUGUAUCAGGGUUGUACAGUAACCUUUGCGCCCUCUCGUUUCUCCUAACGAGGGUGUUGAGCAAAGACAAAAUAUUAUUAUUAUUAUUAUUUGUAAAUAUAUCUUAGUGGUGAUUCUACAAGUAUGCUCUGUUGAGGGUUAAAAGGAACCCUUGCGCAGAUGAACAUAAUAAUACUACCACGUUAGCAAAAUUCUUGUUAUA